UAAUUGCGAGAAAUCGGGGACUACUUAUGCCACGAGCGUAUGAAUAUAUCACAAGAAACUGCGUUAUGCGAACCCAAAUAUUGUCCUCAGCCAAAGAAGACUGAGUUGUGGAAACCACGCGAGCACGACUUGGUGGACCUGCCAAGUCCACGGGCUUCUCUUCGCCAAGAUGUCGUCCGAUGACGUGGCUAAGAGCGUUGGCAGAAAGCUGAAAUACUACAUGCAGAUCAAACGCAGGGAAGAUGGUUUUGACCUUUCAGGAGCUUACCUCCCCCAGCAAGACUACCCACCCCUCAAGCCGAGACCACUCAUGUUGUACCACGAUGAGAGGAUGCAUGACCGCAGUCUGAAGCACUACUUCCACAGCCCUAAUGUCAAGACUAAGAUCCAGAAGCUGGGUCCGCCAAAGUCUCCCUACAAUCAGAGAGAGGGAAAAGUCAGGAGGCGGAUUGACAGGGUUGUUACUAAGACUCAGUUUGUGGAGCCGCUGAUUCAGGAUUUCAAUGCACCCCACUCUCCCAGGGGCAGGCGUCGCUCUCCCAGCAGAAGAGCAAGGCUUCGUCCCGCCAAGAAGGUGCUGAGGAGGUCACCGCCCCCGACUAUCACCAGGGGUGAGGCCCAGAGACUGGUCUCCAUGGCAACCAAGUUACUUGUGGCAACAGAAACUGUGGAUUUGGAUUCACUACCUGGGUAUCACCGAGGUCCGACUGCUUCAUACCCUGAGGUCACAGGUGGAAGGCUUCCAACUCUUGCAGGAGGAAGAGUUCCUCAGAGACCACAGAGUGCUCCAGCCAAGGAACAAAAGAAGCGGAGAGUGAAAUACACAUGGGACAUCAACGGGCGCCGUGUCCCCGUAGAACCGUACAUGCACACGGAGCCAGGCAGUGACGAGGACCCCGACAGGGAACCUGUCCCUGCUGAGUACAACGGCAUGAACAUUGCUGUGUCCAAUGGCUCCACCAGACAUAUACCUGAGUGGUUACAGCUACAAAUGUCCAAGUUGGACAUGGAUCCACGGCAGCAGGUCAGGCCCAAGUCAGCUAAGUGGAGGCGAGGCAGGCGAACCACCUCCCCUCGCAGCCAGCGCCCGUACUCCGCCCACCCCACGGCCUACUAUCCCCCUGUUCCCCCCGAGAUGUACCUGGACCUCCCGCCCAACUCCCCUCCUGCAGGGGUGCCGCCAUACGCCUGGUCACCUGAGUCUAUCGACAUGGCAACACAGACGAUGGAGGAGAUCGGGACACAAACAGACCUGGAGGACAGUGGAAUGUCCACUCUGCAUAGUGGAAAGGUGUCCUCCAAACCCUCUGUGACUGAAGAGGUAGCCUAUGAGGUGUCCGUCCACACUGCUGACCGCCCUGCGGCCAGCCUGAACCCAGAGGCCUCAGUGUUCGUCCAGCUGCAUGGGAAGAAGGGGGAGACAGAGGAGGCGAUCCUACAAGAGUCCAAGACUCACAAAAUGGCCUUCCAGAAGGGACAGAUUGACCGGUUUGAUAUUCAGACUACUGAUGUGGGAAGACUGCUGUCUAUCACUGUAGGCCACAGGCACACAGACACAGAUUGUGUUUGGUAUCUGGACAAGGUUGUGGUGAAGAGACUGAGGGAGCCAGCUGUGACGUAUGAGUUUCUCUGCAAGUGUCAGCUGUCUGCUGAAGACAACAAAGCUGUCAUGGAACUACCACUGAACUGGUGCUCAACUGAACUAGAUGAAUCAGACAAGACAUUGUCAAGCUCAAGUUCUGAGAGCGACUUUUCUGAGGAAUCAGAAACAGAAUCAGAGCUGGGAUCCAGAGCAUCUCAAAGGUCAGGCUCCCAGAAAUCUGGAUCUCUUGGGUCAGGAUCUGAGAGGUCUGGAUCUCACAGGUCAUCAGGAUCUGAAAGAUCUGGAUCUCAUAAGACUGCCACAGAGAAGUCAGAAUCUGAGGCAGAAUCAAGGAAGUCAGAAGCAGAAUCUGGGAAAAGUGAACGAUCCAGAAGGAGUGAAGGGUCAAGGAAAAGUGUAGGAUCACGGAAAAGUGAAGAAUCUGCAAGAAGCAAUGUUUCAAGAAUAAGUGAGCAAUCCAGAUCAAAAUCAAGUGAAGGGUCUGGGAAACGUAGAGGGAAAGUGUCAGAGAAACCUGUUAAGAGAACACCUUCACCUGACUUGGACAGCAAAAGGAAAAGAAGACACAAAAGGCCAGAGUCUCGCUCGUCACAUUCUGGGAUUGAUGAUGGGAAGUUGGAUUCAGACAAGGAAGGGGAGACUGAGAGGGAGGUUGUGGUUCGUCCUAAAACUGCACGAGGCAGGAAGGUUCCAAAAGACUCAAAUUCUGAUGCUGAGCGAAGACCUUCCAGUGAAACGAAGGGGCUGACCCAGCUACUUAUUGUGCAUCCAGAUGAAGAAGCAAAAUCUGAUGUGGAAUAUUCUGCCACAGACAAUGACUCUGUGGCUGUAACUGACCGCAGUGAAAAGAUGAGCUAUGUGGAACCAAGUUCAGACAGCAGUCUGACAGAUGUUGAGGAUGAGCCAUACUACCAGAAAGAUCUCCCAUCUGAUAGAGACAUUAAUGAGGAACAGCAGGAGGAAACACCACGGAGGCUGGUGAAUUACAGUGACACGGCAGGAGAAGGGGAGGGCAGCGGCAGUGAGGAGGAGGGGGCAAAGGCAGAGGACAGUGACAGCAGUGACUCUCAGUCUGUCCAUAGUGCAAGGCUAGUGUCAGAAGUGGAAACAGAAAAACCUCAGGUGGAAAUGGUGCAUGUGGUACAGCAGCCAGCCAUGGCCCAUGGUCCGCCUCCAAAGAAGGCAAUACUGAAACAAGUACCAAGCGCAAAUCUGGUGACUAUUGUGGCUGAGGUCCAUGUACCUACACCAACUGAAAGAGGAGUUGUCCAGGAAGAGCCUGAAAGAGAAGAGACAGUGUCAAGUGAGCCUGAGAGGACAGAGACUGUCACAAGUGAGCCUGAGGGGACGGAAACUGCUCCAAGUGAAAGUGUGAGGACUGAAACUGAACAGCAAGAAGCUGAAGACCUGAACGAAAUCACACCACCCACCUCCCCAACCAUUGAAGCAUCUGAGGGAAGUCUUGGUUCGCGUAGACUGAGCGAUGUUGGGGAGACCAGUGGUGAGACCCCUGUGCCGAGGAGUGAUGAGACGUCACAGAGGGGGGAGGAGGAGAGGGGGCAGGGCAGUGGAGAGAGUGACGCUGACGGGGAGGGCAGCACAAAAGCCGAUGGAGAGGGUGAAGAUAAGGAUGCAGAUCAGCAGUCAGAACAGAAUGACACUGGGGAGAAAACUGAAGGACAGGGUGAUGAAGAUGAUAAACAAGAGGGAAACAUAGUAGAGGAUGCUGUGGAAAUUGGAAAGGAUGACAAGGAAAAGUAGAUAGUGGGCAGCAGGAAAUGGAGGACUCCGGGAAGGGAGAUGAGA